GGGCCUGGACCCCGGCGGGCUGAGGCGGCGACGCGGCCACCCGAGAGUCCGAGGCCCGGCCGGAGGCGGCGCCGGGCAGGCCUGAGCGGCGGGGCGCGCCACCUGGCUUGCCGGCGGGGAUGCGGGACCGGCUGCCGGACCUGACGGCGUGUAGGAAAAAUGAUGAUGGAGACACGACGAUCGUUGUUGAAAAGGACCAUUUCAUGGAUGAUUUCUUCCAUCAGGUGGAGGAGAUCAGAAAUAGUAUCACCAAGAUAGCUCAGAAUGUGGAAGAUGUGAAGAAAAAUCACAGCAUCAUUCUUUCUGCCCCAAAUCCGGAAGGAAAAAUAAAAGAAGAGCUCGAAGACCUGAACAAAGAAAUCAAGAAAACUGCUAACAAAAUUCGAGCCAAGUUAAAGUCUAUUGAACAAAGUUUUGAUCAGGAUGAGAGCGGGAACCGGACAUCAGUGGAUCUUCGGAUACGAAGAACCCAGCAUUCAGUGCUGUCUCGAAAGUUCGUGGAAGUCAUGACAGAGUAUAAUGAAGCACAGACUCUGUUUCGAGAGCGAAGUAAGGGACGUAUUCGGCGUCAGCUGGAGAUCACUGGAAGGACCACCACCGACGAGGAGCUGGAGGAGAUGCUGGAGAGUGGGAGGCCGUCCGUCUUCACCUCAGAUAUUAUAUCCGAUUCACAAAUUACUAAACAAGCCCUCAAUGAAAUCGAGUCACGUCACAAAGACAUCAUGAAGCUGGAGACCAGCAUCCGAGAGCUGCACGAGAUGUUCGUGGAUAUGGCCAUGUUUGUGGAGACUCAGGGUGAAAUGAUUAAUAACAUAGAGAAGAAUGUUAUGAAUGCCACAGACUACGUGGAACAUGCAAAGGAGGAAACAAAAAAGGCUAAGAAGUACCACAGCAAAGCAAGAAGGAAAAAGUGGAUAAUUGCUGCUGUGUCCAUAGCCCUCCUCGCUGUGCUUGCUCUGAUUAUCGGCUUGUCAGUUGGCAAAUGAUGGUGUGGUGGCUGGGUGCCUGCCUCUCUGACAGGGCGGCAAAAAUGGUGUUCAUUAUUAUUUGUGUAGUUAUUUUGCUUGUGACCCUUGGAGUUAUCCUAGCAACAACGUUGUCGUAGCAACCACAUCCCAAGAGCUAUUUACCCUUGGAGAGUCAGACCACACCUACAGCAAAGUCAACAUCCUGUCAUUUCAGGAGUGAACUGAGACAGGAGACUGCUCGGGCUGAGGCCAGCGCUGUGUUAGCAGAUGGCACAGCAGGAGGUCUGCGCAGGAGACCACCAUGACGCAGUGCUGUAAGGGGUUACCCAGAUGUCCUCGCGCUCUUCAUAGCGCACCACAGAGACUUGAUAGUGUGACUCUUGUUUCAGUGGCCUUGAACUAAGGAAUGAUUGAAAAUUUCAAUUGUUAAACGAUACUUCAGUGUUAAAAGUGUGUGCAAAGUUUAAUUAGGAAUACUUUCUGAUUGCAGGUCUAAGACUAGCUUUUCCUCCCCUCCUCCCAACCAACAUGUGCUAAUUAAGAGACUUUUUGUACUAUGUUUAAUUUGCGUUUGUCUUGUUUGUAGACACAAUUUUUAUUAUCACAGCUGUUUUGUAAGAUAUUUGUAAUUUUAAAUGUUUACGAAUCGUUUAAUAUAUUCACAUUAAUUUACCCCUUUUAUAUACUCGUUGUUGCCUGUGGAGGAGCUAGGCAGUGUAGGUCUUUUCCCUAUGGCAGUGUGCAGGCUGCCAUCGACACAGAACACUGGCUGCACAGCCUUCCAAGCCCUUCCUGUGCCUUCUGCUGACAUUGGCUUGGGGAGCGCGCAGGAGAGGCCUCUCCCCGCCCAUGCCUGAGGUGAAAACAGUUACGCACUGUAAAGAUGAUGUGUCUCUGUGUUCAUGGAAGCAGGGUUGUCUUUCCUGUUUACAGUGACAACAUCUGAGCUUAAGAUGGCAGAGACACCGAGAGUUACUGCUCUGAACUCGAGGGAGUGAUUCCCAGGAGCUAAGUAAUUCUUGUGAAUGGAAACUAUUGCACAGAUCACUCAGUGUUUUCAGUACUUAAUAGUCUGCUGAACUCUAAGGUAAUUCCCAAAGUUUAAAGAAUUUAUGAUGCUUAAACAUCAUAUUCCUUAUUAAUGCCUUCUGUGUAAAAUAUGGCUUAAUUUUAGACUUUUAAAUGUAGGACCAAGUGAACAGAUACCUAGUAAGACAGUAGCUAGUCAGGACAAGGUGAAGGAUGUCCCAAGUCUAGUCAGUCCUGGCUACUCUUGUCCAUGCUGCGUGAGCAUGGGACUCUUUUAGCAUUGUUUGGCUUGAACCGAUGUAGAUAUGUUGACUUCUGAACACUAAGUGUGGCUGGUAUUGCACAGUUUAGAAACCACAUUCCUGUGUCACACAACCAUGAGUUUCACUCAUUCAUGUUCCCUCUCCUAGUGGCUUGGCUCAGCUGCAUGUCUGCAUUCCUGCCUUUUAUGACUUGCUGACAACUAUCCUGUGUGCAACAAGUAGUAUAGGAGUAGUGUUCUUUUGGUCUAGAGACACGCACCGUCAAAAUGCUUGCUGGCUCAUCACGCUGAAGGACUGACCUGUCUGGCGGGCACAGGAGCCUUUCAGCUCAUAUCUCUGUGCAUGUCGGGUGUCGUCGAGUCCAGCUGCAGAGGACCUGCAUGCUGACGGGAACCUCUUCCACUUGCCCCUUAGUCCUCAGCUUGUGUCAUGUCUCUUGUUCGUCUUCUCAGGUGCUCCUGUGGACCUGAGACCAGCCCAAUGUGCCUUUCUAGCGGGAGUUGUGAACUUGUGUUAGAGUGAGAAAGCCAGCUGUCGGAGAGCACCUCUGGAUGUCUAAGCCUCAUGCCUUUAAAAUCAGACUUUUAAAAGUACAUUUACAGAUUCACUUGUUACUUUCUUAAAAAAAUCAUUUCUUCAAAUAUUUUGUGUUUACACUAAAAAUCUCCCAGAGAUGCAAAAAAGAAAUACUUUCUUGCCUUGUCAUUUCUGGAAAGAUUUUGGGGGAAGAUAAUUUAUUGUAUAUACAUUAAUAAAUUGU